AAGACAGGAACUUCUCUUUCCUUCUCUUGUCAGUAUCGCAGAAAUUAUGCCCCUUCUCUCACCAUGAGCUGGCUCUCCAAUUCGCAGGGGGUUGUGCUGACCGCCUACCACCCCAGCGGCAAGGACCAGGCCGUGGGGGCGAGCCAUGCCAAGGCAGGGGACGAAGACACCUCCAGUCGCAGAUAUGGCCAAUACACCAUGAACAAGGAAAACACCACCAAAGUAUCGGAGAAGUCAACAUUUAACCGAUCGAACUCACAAGAUUCUUUGGAUGAAGUAUCUAUGGAAGACUAUUGGACAGAACUUAAAAGUAUCAAGGACAAUAGACAAAAAGAUCAAGCAGUGGUGGUUGUCAAAGAGCCUGAUGAGGGAGAACUGGAGGAAGAAUGGCUGAAAGAGGCCGGUUUGUCCAAUCUCUUUGGAGAGUCCUCUGGCGAUUCUCAAGAAAGCAUGGUGUUUUUAUCUACAUUGACUCGGACCCAGGCCGCAGCUGUUCAGAAACGAGUAGAGAUGGUCUCUCAGACUCUGAGAAAGAAAAACAAACCGCACCAGAUCCCGGACGUCAGAGACAUAUUUGCUCAACAGACAGAGUCAAAGGAAAAAGCUCCAGAUGGCACGGAAUUUCAGUCAGUCAGAACAAAUGAAAACAAACACCAAGGAAAAGAUGACCAAGCAUCUCUGCUUGUGGCUGAACAGGAGCCGCAGCCACUGGGGCCCGAGGAAGCACGUGGGUCGGAAACAGACAUCAACUUGGAGAUUUCGUUUGCAGAGCAAGCCCUCCUUCAGAAAGAGAGCACAAGAGACCGGACUCAGAAGAGCAAGGGGGAUGCGACCCAGUUACUGAGUUUCAGAUUGCCAAAGGACAAAACGGGCACCACAAAGAUGGGUGACCUGGCUCCCCAGGACAUGAAGAAAGUCUGUUGCUUUGCGCUGGUGGAGCUCACUGCCUUCUCUGACGUGCUGGGUAUCGAAUUGAAACAAGAAAAAGCUGUGAAAAUCAAAACAAAAGAUUCUGGCCUUUUUGGUGUUCCAUUGACAGUAUUGCUAGAACAAGAUCAGAAGAAAGUACCAGGAACACGAGUACCCUUGAUCUUUCAAAAAUUGAUAUCUCGAAUUGAAGAGGGAGGUUUGAAAACUGAAGGCCUCUUACGAAUACCUGGGGCUGCCAAUAGAAUCAAGAAUCUUUGCCAAGAACUUGAAGCAAAGUUUUAUGAAGGGACUUUUAACUGGGAAAAUGUCAAGCAGCACGAUGCAGCCAGCCUUCUGAAGCUCUUUAUUCGGGAGCUGCCCCACCCGUUGCUCACUGUGGAACACCUGCGAGCCUUUCAGGAUGUUCAAAAGCUUCAAACCAAGAAGGAACAACUACAGGCCUUGAAUCUCCUGGUCAUCCUCCUACCCGAAGCCAACAGGGACACGCUGAAGGCUCUCCUUGAAUUUCUCCAAAGAGUAAUAGACAAUAAAGAGACAAAUAAGAUGACUGUCAUGAAUACAGCCAUGGUCAUGGCCCCAAAUCUCUUCAUGUGCCACACGUUGGGUGUGAAGCCCAAUGAACAGAGAGAAUUAGCAAUGGCAGCUGGCACAGCUAGUACCAUGCACUUAUUGAUUAAGUACCAAGAAAUCCUGUGGACCAUCCCUAAGUUUAUUGUAAACCAAGUGAGGAAGCAAAACACUGCAAGUCAAAAAAAGGAUAAAAAUGCCAUGAAGAAAUUACUGAAGAAAAUGGCUUAUGACCGGGAAAGACAUGAAAAGCAAGAGAGGAACCCGAACGAGGCUGAUGUUCCUCAGGGAGUGAUCCGAGUGCAAGCGCCCCAUCGCUCCAAAGUUUCCAUGGCAAUACAGCUCACGGAAGAACUGAAAGCCGGCGAUGUGCUUGGCAGGUUUUUCAGCCAAGAAAGUGGAGUGGCCCAGACAUUCCAGAAAGGGGAACUUUUUUUGUAUGAAGUUGGAGGAAAUAUUGGGGAACGCUGCCUCGACAAUGACACUUACAUGAAGGACUUAUACCAGCUCAACCCAAGUGCCGAGUGGGUCAUAAAGCCAAAGCCGGCCUAAAAGACUUACCGAGUUCCCGUCAGACAACCAGGAGGACUGUCUUCCUAAUACUUGCUGGGUCAAGAGUGUAAAUAAAAGUCAGAGCAGGCUCCUUUGUUGUUCCAUUGUGCUCCUCACUAUUAAAUAACACCCAGGCCUUUUAAAAAAGAGAGCUUUGAGCUGCUGCCAGACGUGCAGGUUUCCCUGUGACAAGAACUAUUGUAGGGCUGUUCCCUGUAUCUGGAGUCAGAGGAAAGAGACUUAAUGGGCUGUGGCACUGUCACUCACUUACACUCUGUGAAAUGUGCCCAGAUGGGACGCCGUCUUUCUUCAUUUGAAAAUAAAGUCUCUUCCCGCUCA